CUGUCAGUCUGCCCGGGCCAGUGAACAGCACGGUUAACUUUCUCUCAUUUGGGUAUUUCCAAACCCGCCGGGCUCCAUGGGUAACAGCUACAGCUUUGCAGGGCCAAACCGAGGCGUUCACAUCCAUGUGUUACUGAAGAAGGCCAGGAGAAUUUAUCACUCCAAGAUUGGGACAUGUCAGAAAGCUCUUCAGGUGUGAACACUCUCAGUGGCAGCCUCCCCAAAUCCCACUCGUCUCAGAACUCUGACCUCCGUGUGACAUGCACACCUCUCUCUGUGGACCACAGUCCUGAUUCUGGACUUGUAUCCACACCUCUUCCAUCCAGUCAGUUCCGGUUUGUGUCGUGGCACCGCCUGGAGCAGUGUGACAUCACAGGUGACCAGCUGACCUGCCCCAGGGUCAGAGAAGGGCCGUCAAAGGAGGAGUUGUUUCAAAGAGCAGGGGGUGACGUCUAUUUGGUGAGAGGGAGAAGGAGGAGAGAAGAUGAAGGACAGAGGUGGGACGAAAGGCUGCAAGAAAAUUGGGAAAACUGUCUGGAGUUAAAUCUGUCCUACCAGGAUUUGGGGGAUCCCUUCCAGAAGGACAAUUUCCUCCGGAUCCUCCGCCGGUUGAUCCGCGUGGAGAAACUACAACUGGUUGACAAUUCACUAACUGACCUGAGUUCUGUACGACUGCCAAGGUGCAGAAUGUUAAACCUGCACCGUAACCACCUGGUGUGCCUGCGUCAGCUGCCAAAGCUCCCAGCAGUGGAGCACCUUUGUCUGUCUGACAAUGCCAUCGACUCCCUGGUGGGACUGGGUGCUCUGAAGAACAGUCCGCUGCGCUCCCUAAACCUGACCCACAACCCAGUGACCUUCACUCAGGACUACCGAGUACGUGUUUUCUCCUGUUUGCCAAAGCUUCAAGUCCUGGAUGGACUCCCCAAGUUGCCAGAAGAUUCUCUGCCCAGCAGACUACACUUCCCAGAAACCACCAGCAUGUGCAACAUCUUGUGACAUUCCUCCACGCAUCACUCAACAUGUUGGAAUUGCACUGCACUGACGGUUCACUCAUCUUGUUGGAGGAAAGCCAACUGGUAUUCAGUUAUUUACUCAAGUGUCAGAGGUGUUGCACAAAAUCACUGUAAAAGUAAUGUGGUCAAAGGUCA